AUGAUACAAGGCCUGACAGAAGACCUUCUCAACAUCAUAGAUGAAUUGUCGGAGAGCCCUAUCAACAUUACUGAAUGGAUUGACAAAUAUGCUUUCGAAGUCAUGGGGCAAUUGACCUUUGGAAAGCCAUUCAAUAUGUUGAAAGAACGGAAAGAGGCCUACUUCUUGGAGGUAAUUCGACAAGACAUGAAUGCUAUUGGGUAUCUGCUCAACUUACCUUGGCUUUCAUAUCUGUUUAUGAGGAUCCCAGGGCUAAAUCAGAAUCAUUUGAAAUUUUGGAAGUGGAUUGAAAAUGAAUUCACGCAAAGGAUAUCAAGAGGGCAAAAACGACCUGAUGUCUUCAAUUGGCUCCAUAAAGCAUACCUGGAUGGGCCUCAGACAAGCUCAGACACUCUGAAGCUGCAUGGAGAUGGAUAUCUCGUGAUCGUUGCAGGUAGCGACACGACUGCUUCGACCAUUACUCAUAUGCUCUUCUACCUGGCCUGCAACAAGCCUCUCACGCGAAAGCUUCAAGCUCAGUUAGACAAACUAGAUGAACUGAAAGAUGAAACCCUCCGCGAUGUUGAACUGUUAGAUGCGUGCAUCAAUGAAACUCUUCGGCUGUGCCCGGCAGUCCCAGCUGGAGUCCAACGAGAAACCCCGGAGGAAGGAAUCCAUAUCGGUGAUCGAUAUGUCCCAGGAAAGACGAUAGUUAAAGUCCCAAUGUAUACUCUCUUCCGAGACCCCAGAUCCUUCGAACAGCCAAACGAGUUCAUUCCAGAACGUUUCACGACUCGCCCUGAGCUUUUAAAAGACAAGUCUGCCUUUAUUCCUUUUCUCACUGGUUCCUACGCAUGUGUAGGUAGACGACUUGCACUUAUGGAGGUGCGCCGUGCCAUCGCUGCCAUAAUUUGCAGAUAUGAUAUUGCGCUUGGCCCGGAUCAGACAGAGGAGGGCUUUCUCGACGGGAAGGUCGAUGCCUUCACCUUGGUCGCUGCAUCUUUAAGCUUGAAGUUUACCAGGCGACACCAGUCGAAGUCAUAG